AUGCCAAAUCUUUUAAAAAAGCUUCACAUUACUAAGUCAAACCAUUCAACAACAAGCGAACAGAAUUCUAGCUCAUCAAUGGAUUACUACCAACAACAGCAACAGCAACAAUCGCUUCCAGGAGAACAAAUUGUUCAUCCAGUUGCCCCACAAACUGGUCUGACUACUGCCAAUGUUACAGCUACUUCAACUUCCAACAUUGCACAAUCUGCUGCUUCUUCCCUUCAUUCACAACAAGUUCAACAACAAGAAAUGUCUAGAUCUAGUACUGAAGAUGCCAUCAAAAGAUCAUUAUUACCUGAACGUUCAACUAUUUCUAAAGGUAAGUACUCCUUAACUGAUUUUUCAAUUAUGAGAACUUUGGGUACUGGAUCAUUUGGAAGAGUUCAUUUAGUAAGAUCCGUUCAUAAUGGUAGAUACUAUGCCAUAAAAGUAUUGAAAAAACAUCAGGUUGUUAAAAUGAAACAAGUUGAGCAUACUAAUGAUGAAAGAAGAAUGUUAAAAUUGGUUGAACACCCAUUUUUGAUUAGAAUGUGGGGUACUUUUCAAGAUGCUAAGAACUUGUUUAUGGUUAUGGAUUAUAUUGAAGGUGGUGAAUUGUUUUCAUUAUUGAGAAAAUCUCAAAGAUUCCCAAAUCCCGUGGCCAAAUUUUAUGCUGCUGAGGUUACUUUAGCUUUAGAAUAUUUACAUAGUCAUGAUAUUAUCUAUCGUGAUUUGAAACCUGAAAACAUUUUAUUAGACAGAAAUGGUCAUAUUAAAAUCACUGAUUUUGGGUUUGCUAAAGAGGUCAGCACUGUCACAUGGACUUUGUGUGGUACACCAGAUUACAUUGCCCCAGAAGUCAUCACAACAAAACCUUAUAAUAAAUCCGUUGAUUGGUGGUCAUUAGGGGUGUUGAUCUUUGAAAUGUUGGCUGGUUAUACUCCAUUCUAUGAUUCAACACCAAUGAAGACUUAUGAGAAAAUCUUGGCAGGUAAAGUUCAUUAUCCAAGUUUUUUCCAACCGGAUGUAAUUGAUUUAUUAAGUAAAUUGAUAACAGCUGAUUUAACUAGAAGAUUAGGUAACUUGAUCAAUGGUCCUGCUGAUAUUAGAAAUCACCCUUGGUUCCUGGAGGUUGUUUGGGAAAAAUUGUUAGCAAAGGAUAUUGAAACUCCUUAUGAACCUCCAAUUACUGCUGGUGUUGGUGAUUCAUCAUUAUUUGAUCACUAUCCAGAAGAACAAUUAGAUUAUGGUGUACAAGGAGAAGAUCCAUAUCACCAAUACUUCCUCGACUUUUAG